GAGAGGUUUAUUAUUCUUGCAAAUGGAUCUUCUCCAGGUGUUUGGAUUCUUCGGCUUCAUCUUCUUCACCGCUGCCCAGAACACCACACAAAGCCCGGCACCUCAGCCCUCCUACCUGCUGCUGGCUCCACAGUCCCUCCGCCUCGGGGUCCCAACCUCUGUCUCCGUCACCCUGCUGACCCCCUCCUCCCUCAAUGUGUCCGCUCAGAUCAUUGGAGACAAGAUCAUGGCCUCCAACUCUGCCAUGGUCCCAGGAGGGUCAACCCAGCUGCUGACUCUGCCGCCUAUCCAAGAGAGGGAGCCCAGCCACAAGGGAUCUUACCUCCUGGAGGUCAAAGGUUACCGGGGCAACGAGGAGGUUUUUAUCACGCGCUCUAAACUCCGCCACAACCCCAAAAGCUUCUCCACCUUCAUCCAGACGGACCGGAGCAGCUACCUGCCCGGACAGGUGGUGAAGAUCAGAGCGGUCUCCAUCUACCCCGACGGGAAGCCCCUCCUGAGCCCAGUGGACAUCACCAUCAAGGACCCCAGGGGGAAUCUGCCGCAGUGGCUGGAUGUGAAGAGCGUCCUCGGGGUGGUCUCCAGAGAGUUUCAGCUCUCUGAAAACCCUCCUCUGGGGAAAUGGUGCAUCGUCACCUCAGUCAAGGAUGUCUCGAGCGAGAAGUGUUUCACUGUGCUGUAUUACGAGCUGCCGAAGUUCGAGGUUGUGACCAAAGCUCCGAGUAGCAUUCUUCGUGGAGACACUCUGCGAGGCUCCGUCACAGCGAAGUACGUGUACGGAAAGCCGGUCCAGGGAUACAUGAAUAUAACCUUUAUUCAUAAGUUUCACGGUUUAGAAGAUGCUUAUGAGGAAGCAGGCAAAGAGAUUGACGGGGAGGCAGACUUCAUGUUUGAAAUGCCGGACUUCCUGAACUCCCACAUGAGGAUCGAAAAGACCGGUAGAGAUGUUGUUCGACGAAAGACGACAGAUGCAGGGCGAGUGUUUGGAAAUCGUGUCAACGUGACUGAACACCUCACAGGCCUCACAUAUAGCAGUACGACGAAGGUGUCAUUGGCAAAGAACAGAUAUGAGAUUUCAUUUCAUGACCAUCCAAAAAUACUGCGGCCCUCUCUGAUGUUCCCUGUCAUGCUGAAAUUAUCCACGUACAACGACGAGCCGCUGUCCAAGGAGGAUCAGCGAAAGACCGUUCAGGUGUCAGUGAUGCAGAGAAAGCAAAUUCCGUGGAUGUUUCCCGAGAUGGAAGAGAUCGAGUGGUUGGUUCGAUUCAACGAGUCCAAAAAGAAGGACGAAGACCAGAUGGAGUUUGAAGAAAUGGAGUUUCCCGUCCCGGCAGACGGAUACAUUCCCCUCAACAUCCAGAUAAAGAACGACACCGAAACGCUGACGGUUGACGCAUAUUUUGAGGACAGCCAUACCACCCUGCAGCUGUAUAGCAGGUACACAUCGCCCAGUCACUCCUACCUGCAGAUUAAGAAACCUGAACCUCCACAGGUCGGUUCACCCUUAGAGCUUCACAUUGACAGCAAUUUUCCAACGUCUGAGAUUCACUACACAGUGAUGUCCAGAGGUCAGGUGGUUUCCGCUGGGAAAAGCUCUGGUACUGUAGUCCUGGUCCCAGAAACCACCUGGGCUCCUGUGGCUUGCAUCAUCGUUUACUGCGUGCAUCCCAGUGGAGAGAUCAUUAACGACGUGAUUCGAUUACCCAUCACACAAACUCUACAAAACCAGGUGUCUUUGAGCUGGAGUGACUCAAUGAGGAAGCCGGCGGAGGAGGUCACUCUGAGGGUGAAGGUGGCAGAGCCGGACUCUCUGGUCGGGAUCCUGGUGGUCGACAAGGCGUCCAAGUUGCUGGGAUCAAACGACAUCACCAUGAAUACAGUGCUGAAGGAGAUGACGGAGUACGGCGUUUCAAUGAGCGGCGGCGACAAUGAGGCGGUGACCAUGGGAGAUCCGUACUCUGUGUUCAGGACAUGUGAUCUUGUGGCAUUGACUGACGCCAAAUUAAACAUUAUGAAGUUCCCACUCAGGCCUGAAUUCCCAGGGGAGGAAGGAUUUAUGAUCAAGCCGGUUCAAUUCAAUACGGAUCUUCUAGUGGAGCCACGAGAGCGCUGGAACUUUCCAGAGACCUGGAUAUGGAUGGACACGAACACAGGUGAUUCAGCCUCAGCAGAUUUGACUCUGACUGUACCAGACAGCAUCACAACUUGGGUAGCCACCGCCUUCGUCAUGUCUGAGAACCUGGGCCUGGGCAUUGUGAACAUGCCUGCUAAGCUCACAGUGUUCCAGGAUUUCUUCCUGUCCUUGAACGUGCCGGCCUACAUCAUCCGAGGAGAGGAGCUGCUGCUGGAGGUCGUUCUGUUCAACUACCUCUCUCAGGACCUGGAGGUUAAAGUGAUUGUUGCGGAGAGUGACACCUUUGAGUUUGUCUUCCCGGACAAUGGGGGGGUGCCCAUGCCCGGUGUUCGCAAGGUGUCCGUGGGGAGUCAGAGCGGCGCGUCCGUCCUCGUUCCCAUCAGGCCGCUGGUCCUCGGGGAGAUCGUCGUCUCUGUGAAGGCCCUGUCGACGGCGGCGUCCGACUUUGUGAGCAGGACGGUGCUCGUCAAGGCCGAAGGUCUCGAGCAGUCAUACUCCGCAUCGCUGCUGUUGGAGGUUUCUCCGUUGCAGCCGAGCAUUUCCAGGGAGCUGAGCUUCUCCUUCCCUGCAGAUGUUGUGGCGGGCAGCGAGAGGGCUACAGUAACCGCCGUCGGGGAUAUCCUGGGCCCGUCCAUCAGCGGCCUGGGUUCUCUGAUCAAGCUGCCGUACGGCUGCGGGGAGCAGAACAUGAUCAACUUCGCUCCCAACAUCUACGUCCUGCAGUACCUGAUCGCUGUGGGCCGCUCAGACCAGGAGACCACCGACAAAGCCACGGACUACAUGAGGAAGGGUUAUGAAAGAGAGCUGACCUAUCAGAGAGCAGACGGCUCCUUCAGUGCGUUUGGAGACAGUGACCGCUCUGGAAGCACCUGGCUCUCUGCCUUCGUGCUGCGCUGCUUCCUGCAGGCGCGGCAGUUCAUCAGCAUUGAACCCCUUGUGCUGCUGAGAACGGCGUCCUGGAUGGGGAUCCAGCAGGGGCCUGAUGGGCGUUACCUUGAACCUGGGAGGGUCAUCCACUCCGAGCUGCAAGGAGGCCUGGACGGACCGGUCUCCCUCACUGCCUUCGUGGUGAUCGCCCUGCUAGAAGACAACGACGUCAAGGCUCAGUACAGCGGUCAGGUAACUUCGGCUCAGCUGUUCCUGGAGACCCGUCUGGCUCUGGGCGUCUCCAGUAACUACAGCCUCAGUCUGGUCGCCUAUGCCCUCGCGCUGUCCGGCAGCUCCACCGCCAACGCAGCUCUCAGCGAGCUGAUUGGACGAGCUGAGAUGAAAGACGGCGUCCCGACGUGGUCUUCGUCUGACGCCGGCCUGUCGCCUUCGUGGCAACCUCGCUCUGCCGACAUCGAGAUGCUGUCGUACGUUCUGCUGACUCAGCACAAACUGGGCCUCUUCACAGACGGGAUCAAGAUCAUGAACUGGCUCAGCACACAGAGGAACCACCUGGGGGGGUACGGGAGCACGCAGGACACGGUGGUGGCUCUGCAGGCUCUGUCCACAUUUGCAGCUGGAAAGAGUAAGGACUUUAACCUCACCAUCACUGUGGAAACCGGCAAAUCGACCCCCGGCGCCUCCUUCCACAUCAACGAGGACAACAAAUUGCUGUACCAGAGCCUGCAGAUUCAAACCAUGCAGCAUCUGAACCUGCAGGUGUCUGCAGAAGGUCUGGGUCUCGCCCUGUUUCAGCUGAACGUGUUCUACAACAUCUGGGGUGAGGGGAUGAUGAUGAGGAGGGGGAGGCGAUCUGCCGAAGAGCAUGAGGCGUUUCAUCUAAAUGUGGAGCUGCUUGACAUGGAGAUGAACUCUGCAGAGCUGCACAUCUGCACCAGCCUGUCAGCAUCUCUGGGUGUGAAUUCCACUGGGAUGGUGCUGCUGGAGGUGGGUCUGCUUAGCGGCUUCGCCCUGCAGCAGGACGGCCUGCAGACCAACGAGCUGAUAAAGAAAGUGGAGAUGCAGCCGGGGAAAGUCAUCCUGUACCUGGACUCUAUGACCACAGAGGAGGUGUGUUUCUGGAUCCCUCUGGUCAUGGAGUAUAAAGUGGGGAAAGUCCAGGAAGCCAACGUGAUCAUCUACAACUAUUACGAACCAAGACAGAGGACGGUGAGGUUGUAUCAGUCAGAGAAGAGGGCCAACAUGACCAGCUGCUCCUUCUGUGGAGAGGACUGCAGUCUCUGCAAACCUGAGGAAAAUAACGACGGCAGCAUUUUGUCCAACGGCCAAAACCGCCUGAUGAGCAGCUUCUCUCCUGCUCUGCUGCUCCUCUUCAUCAUCACCUUCUUCAGUGUGUAGAGAUGGGUCUAAAAAUGCUAGUACGAGGAGUGUGAGCUUGUUUCUUUGAAAGAUGCAUUGGUUACAGUCUUCUGAUAACAUACAUUUUAACGGUGUUUAUUCUGGUUUUAUUUUUUAUGUUAAAAUUACAUUUAAAUAAGUGGUUUAAUAGCCUCGUAAUGCUAACAACGCUAAGGCUUUUGGCCUCUUUACAAUACAUUUACACUUUGGUUUAAUCUCAUGUCCUCUUCUCCAGCAGCAUAGGGAAGCUGUUUUCACAGAAAAAGAUGUAUAAAGUCAUAUCUAUGAGCAAAUAGAUGAGCAUUUAGCAGCCAAACAGGUGGUGGAGACCAAACACAGAGCUAAUAAUGGAUUUACAUUGAUCAGGUGAACACAACAUGGCUUCAUUAAGAUGGUCAUGUUGUUCUGCGUCUGCUACAGUGCAUCGCUUUACUUUAUAAGCCGACUUUAUGUUUGUUACAUUGUUCUGAGUCUGUGGGGAAUUGUUCUGGGUUGUUAUGACAUAAAGAGUCAUGCUGUGGGUAAAACAAUGCUGUGGUGUCUUUGGUUUGGAUGUGUCUCAUUCCUCUGUGCCUGCUCCAACAAUAAGGGGUGUAAGGAUCUCACUGGUAUAAUAAUCUCUGUGUCAAACAAACGUUAAUAAAACUCUAUUAUUUCUGAAGCUAA